GAGCUAUUAAAAAAAAGAAAAGAUAAUUAAUAUGAAAAUUUCCCUCUCUGUCAGACUGAAAAUUAAUGCAGUUUUGUACUUUCAGGAUCUACGCAGGAAGGCAGCUCGUCUUGUAGCUACCAAGUGUAUCUUAGCUGCUAGAGUUGAUGCGUCACAUGACUACAAGGAUGGUAGUAUCGGUAGACAGCUGAGGGAAGAGAUAGAGAAGAAGUUGGAUAAACUAAUGGAACCACCGCCAGUGAAGUUUGUCAAGCCUCUGCCCAAACCAAUCGAUCCUGGCCGCAAGAAGCGAGGUGGUAAGAGGGUGCGGAAAACCAAGGAGCGUUACGCCAUGACUGAACUGAGGAAACAGAACAAUAGACUGAAUUUCGCUGAUAUUGAAGACGAUGCAUACCAGGAGGAUCUGGGCUACACUCGAGGCACCAUCGGAAAGAGCGGAACAGGCCGAAUCAGGCUUCCCCAGGUAGAUGAAAAGACCAAAGUGCGGAUCUCCAAGACUCUGCAGAAGAACUUGCAGAAGCAGCAGCAGGUGUGGGGCGGCAGCACUACCGUCAAGAAGCAAGUCUCAGGAACUGCAUCCAGCGUUGCUUUCACCCCUCUGCAGGGUUUGGAAAUUGUCAAUCCCCAAGCUGCAGAGAAGAAUGUGGCCGAGGCGAACGCAAAGUACUUCUCUAACACUUCCGGAUUUGUCAAACUUCAGAAGGAUUAAUGGUGUGUGAUGAAAUCUUGCACUUUAGUAACCUGUGAUUAUUUGUUUGAAUCCUAACUGUUACACCAUAAGUAUUACAAAACAACCUGAUUAAUAGUUAUGUCAAUAAAUUAAUGAGUUAAGGUCUUGAACAGGCCUGCAUCCAAGUAAUCGAGUCCCCGCACUAUCCAUUAGUUUUAAAACGUAAUGUUAAAGUUUGUAACUACUUUUAUAACAACUUUUUGCUUAAACAAUUUAUUUUGAGUCAAGUAAAAAUAAGUAUUUAUUUAUUAUGGAAACCGCCACAAUAAAUACGUUAAAAUGU